GGGAAGUGACUCCUCACUCUCGGGGCUUCCUUGAACCCCCCACCCCGCCCCGCCCCGCUCUCCUCGGGCGCGUGGUCCCUCCGGGGCGGCGGCCGCGUGCGGACAGCCAUGCACUAGGCAGGGCUCCCUUAUGCGCCUGGAGACUGCCGACCGCUGCCUCGGGCCGCCGCCGCCUGCUGCCCCUCGCGGAGCCCGAGCCGGAGCCGCCGCCUGCCCCAGGCCGGGGCGUCGAGCAGCCGGCGGCGCGGCCAUGUGGGGUUAGCCCUCGCCGCGCCUGGCUGCAGCAGGACCAGCAACAUGGAGGCGGCCGUCGGCGCCCCCGACGGCGGGGACCAGGGCGGCGCGGGGCCCCGCGACGACGCGACGCCCAUGGACGCCUAUCUGCGGAAACUGGGCUUGUAUCGGAAACUGGUCGCCAAGGACGGGUCGUGCCUGUUCCGGGCCGUGGCAGAGCAGGUAUUGCACUCUCAGUCUCGCCAUGUUGAAGUCAGAAUGGCCUGUAUUCACUAUCUGCGAGAGAACAGAGAGAAAUUUGAAGCGUUUAUAGAAGGAUCAUUUGAAGAGUAUUUAAAGCGUUUGGAAAAUCCACAGGAAUGGGUAGGACAAGUGGAAAUAAGUGCCCUUUCUCUUAUGUACAGGAAAGAUUUUAUAAUUUAUCGGGAACCAAAUGUUUCUCCUUCACAAGUAACUGAAAAUAAUUUUCCUGAAAAGGUAUUACUGUGUUUUUCAAAUGGAAAUCAUUAUGAUAUUGUCUAUCCCAUAAAGUAUAAAGAUAGCUCUUCUGUGUGUCAGUCUCUCCUUUAUGAAUUGCUGUAUGAGAAGGUGUUUAAAACUGAUGUUAGUAAAAUCGUGAUGGGACUGGACACCUCUGAAGUAGCUGAUGAAGACAACAGUGAAAUAUCAGAUUCAGAGGAUGACAGUUGCAAGAGUAAAACUACCACUGCUAAUGAUGUGAAUGGAUUUAAACCUUUGUCAGGAGAUGAGUACCCAAAGAACAAUGGGAACUCUCCUAGCCUUCCUUUGUCUAGAAAAGUUCUUAAGUCACUCAAUCCAGCAAUCUAUAGAAACGUGGAAUAUGAAAUAUGGCUGAAGUCUAAACAAGCUCAACAAAAACGUGAUUAUUCCAUUGCUGCUGGCUUACAAUAUGAAGUUGGAGAUAAGUGUCAAGUUAGGUCAGAUCACAAUGGAAAAUUUUCUAAUGCCGACAUUCAAGGAGUUCAUUCUGAGAAUGGACCAGUUUUGGUUGAAGAACUGGGAAAGAAACACACAUCAAAGAAUCUCAAAGCAUCUCCCCCAGAAAGCUGGAACACAGUGUCAGGGAAGAAGAUAAAGAAACCUUCCACUUCUGGUCAAAAUUUCCAUUCUGACAUGGAUUACAGAGGGCCAAAGAAUCCAAGCAAGUCAGUAAAAGCCCCAUCAGCACUACCUCCUCGACUACAGCAUCCUUCGGGAGUAAGACAACAUGCAUUCUCUGGUCAUUCUUCAGGGUCACAGUCUCAGAAAUCCUCCAGUGAGCACAAAAAUCUUAGCAGGACACCCUCACAGAACAUAAGAAAACCUGAUCGUGAGAGAGUUGAGGAUUUUGAUCACAUGAGUCGAGAAUCUAACUAUUUCGGCCUUUCCCCAGAAGAGCGCAGAGAGAAGCAAGCUAUAGAAGAAUCUCGUUUACUCUAUGAGAUUCAGAACAGAGAUGAACAGGCUUUCCCAGCCCUUUCCAGCUCGUCAGUCAGCCAGUCAGCUUCUCAGAGUAACAACCCAAGCGUCCAGAGAAAGUCAUCACAUGUAAAUGAUAGAAAAGGAAGCAGGCGGAGAAUGGAUACAGAAGAACGUAAAGAUAAAGACUCUAUCCAUGGACAUACUCACUUGGAUAAAAAACCUGAGCCAAGCACAUUGGAGAAUAUUAGUGAUGAUAAAUGUGCAAGAGUUUCAUCACCAUCAAAGUCAAAGAAAUUAGAGUGCCCAUCUCCCGCAGAACAGAAGCCAGCAGAACAUGUGUCUUUGUCAAGUCCAGCUCCCCUUCUAGUUCCUCCAGAGGUACAUCUGACUCCUGCGGUGCCUUCUUUACCAGCCACUGUGCCAGCCUGGCCAAGUGAACCUACAACUUUUGGACCAACAGGUGUUCCUGCUCAAAUUCCUGUUUUGUCAGUGACACAGACUCUGACCACUGGACCCGAUUCUGCUGUAUCCCAAGCUCAUUUAACACCCUCUCCAGUUCCUGUGUCAAUACAGGCAGUUAACCAGCCCUUGAUGCCUUUGCCUCAGACGUUGAGCCUUUACCAAGACCCACUGUAUCCUGGGUUUCCUUAUAAUGAAAAGGGAGAUCGAGCCAUUGUACCACCUUAUUCACUGUGUCAGACUGGAGAGGACCUGCCUAAAGAUAAGAACAUUCUGCGAUUCUUCUUCAAUCUUGGUCUGAAGGCAUAUAGUUGUCCUAUGUGGGCCCCACAUUCUUACCUGUAUCCUCUGCACCAGGCCUACCUGGCAGCCUGCAGGAUGUACCCAAAGGUCCCUGUCCCUGUGUACCCUCAUAAUCCUUGGUUCCAAGAAGCUCCUUCUGCUCAGAAUGAAAGUGAUUGUACCUGUACCGAUGCCCACUUUCCUAUGCAGACUGAGGCCAGUGUUAAUGGUCAAAUGCCACAGCCGGAGAUUGGACAGCCGACAUUUUCUUCACCUCUGGUUAUUCCUCCAUCUCAGGUGUCUGAAAGUCAUGGACAAUUAUCUUACCAGGCUGAUCUUGAAUCUGAGAACCCUGGGCAGCUUCUUCAUGCUGAUUAUGAAGAGUCACUAAGUGGCAAAAAUAUGUUCCCACAACCGUCCUUUGGACCUAAUCCAUUCUUAGGCCCAGUUCCUAUUGCACCUCCUUUCUUUCCUCAUGUUUGGUAUGGGUACCCUUUUCAGGGAUUCAUAGAAAAUCCAGUAAUGAGGCAGAAUAUUGUCCUCCCCUCUGAUGAGAAAGGAGAAUUGGAUGUGCCUCUGGAAAAUCUGGAUCUGUCUAAAGAAUGUGGUUCAGUUUCAGCAGAUGAGUUUCCAGAAGCCAGGGGUGAAGGUGCACAUUCUCUCCCUGAAGCAAGCAUGAGUAGUAAGCAUGAAGGCCGGGCGGAGCAGUCAUCCCAGACACGAAAGGCAGAUCUUGUAUUGACUGCCAUUCCACCUGUUGCAGAGGGAAAGAUUCAUCUUCCCACUCAGCUUCUAAACAGAGAGAGAGAAACUGUGCCUGUUGAACUUGAGCCUAAAAGGACCAUUCAGAGUCAGAAAGAAAAACCGGAAAAAGUAAAAGAUCCCAAGACUGCUGCUGACGUGGUCAGCCCUGGUGCCAACUCUGUGGAUAGCAGAGUGCAAAGACCAAAAGAAGAGAGUUCAGAAGAUGAAAAUGAAGUGUCUAAUAUUUUGAGAAGUGGUAGAUCCAAGCAGUUCUAUAAUCAGACUUAUGGAGGCAGGAAGUACAAAAGUGAUUGGGGCUAUUCUGGUAGGGGUGGAUAUCAGCACGUGAGAGGUGAGGAGUCCUGGAAAGGGCAGCCAAGCAGAAGCCGGGAUGAAGCUUAUCAGUACCAUCGGAAUUCUAGAGGACGACCAUAUAGGGGAGAUAGGAGGAGGUCAGGGAUGGGAGAUGGCCAUAGGGGACAAAACACUUGAUUGUUGCUGUAGUAUUUUCAAGCAGAAACCCUUUCUUAGGUGGAAUGUUUCUGAACGCUUUAAAAAAAAAAGACAUAAAAUAAAAACCCGAAUUGGAACUAUUUCCCCUCCACCCCCACUUUACCUUCACUCCCAAUCUGGACAAGAGAUUCUGGACAUGAGUUCAAGGGGGCAGGUGGAAUUCCUGGCAUUGCUAGUUUUCUUCAUUCAAAAUCUGUUUGAUUUAUUUAUCAGGUGCCUGCCCCCUUAAAAAGUAGAAGAUAAGUUUGUUAAAGUAUUUUUUAUAAACAGCUUAAUAUAAAACAUUAUAGAUUUAGUGUUUGGUUUUUUUUUUCCUUAUAUAAGUUUGACUUCAAAUGUUGGAAAUGUGUGCUUUAUAGUGUUCACUAAAGUGACAAGAAAAUAUACCAUUUGACACACUAUAGAUUCCAAAACAUAACAUUGCACCAAAUAGAAAUGUAUAUUUUAUUAUGCAAUGCCUUAGUCAUAAACUGGGCUCAAACAAUUCUCAGCCUAAAACACUGUUGUCUUUUAAAAUGCUUCCAACCCAAAGGCCUUUCAUCUCAAUAUCUGUCAAACUUGAAUAAUGUCUUCUCUUUAAUAUUACACAUAAGGCAGCCUAUUAACCUGUGUCUUAGAAAUGUUGUAUAUAGUUCUUUUAAUAUUCAUAGGGUAUAUUUUUGAAUUUUGGUGAGUAUUUGUUGAAGUUGAAAUUGCAUACAAGAAUAUAGAUGGUUAAGAAAUAGUAGGAAAUUCAAUGAAAUGGCUGUUUCCACCAAGAAUUCUUAGCACUGGUGUAAAUAUCAUGGUGCCUACUCGAAAGAAAUGUAGAUGCUAUGCAUUUUGAAAAUAAUCUGCAUCUGUUAAAACUGCAGACUUUUAUAAUGCCACUUUAACACUAAUGCACUGACAGAUUCUAAAUAUUUUGUGACAAGAAAUGUUAAAAAUUUUUAGCUGGGCAGGUUUCUACAGAGAGUUCCUGUUUUGUUUCUCUCCUUGCACCAUUGGUUAUGUGUAUCACUUUACAUUUGCAUGUUCAACUUGUCAUGGCUGGAACUAUUGUAAGAAUAAGAUGAUUGUGAUUUCUAGUUCUUUUCUAGAGGAUGCUGCUAGAAAAUGGUUUUGCUUUGCAUUUUAUAGCUUGUUACCCUUAGGGUAGGUAACAUGUCUUUGAUCCUGCUUCCUUCCAAUCUUGGCAGUAUUCACUAGAGGUUCCCUUUGCAUGUUGCACUCUGUUCUCAUUUGGAGAUUGUACUCUCUGAAUUAACACAGUAUUCGUUCAUCUGUGUUACUUUGUAAAAAUAACUGUAGCUUAUAUUUCUUAUUUUGUACAUACCAAUGUGAAAAUCUACCCUUUUUUUUUAUGUUGAGAUUUACCUUUUGAUCAGGAAGUUUGAGUGCUAUGCAAAUAUUAUAGUAGAAUUUCUCUUUGCAUGCCAUGUGUAAUAUACCUAGCCAAAACCAGAUGUGGUGGCUUUCUUUUUUUUUUUUUUUUAACCCCCUAAGCAAAUUACUUUAAAAGCAAAUACAAUUCACUUGAAUUUGACAGACUGAAGCAGAUGAGUUUUCUGGGUUCUCUGAUAACCUGUAAGAAUGUCUGGAUGCCAGCAAGGCUCAGUGAAUCUCCGCUGUACUGUAAUAAUGGUUAUUUACCUCUGUGCUGUUUUAAUUACCUAAUGUCUGUGUAACUGCUGAUGAGUAGUGAUUAACGUUUAGAUAUUUUGUAACAUAGGAUUUUAGAGAGCACUUUGACAGAUAACAUUUUAUUAUGAUGGUGCUAGGUAAAAAUUUGUAAAGACUGGGAUGGUUGUGUGGAAAAGAAAAAAUUGAGAGAACCUGUUGAAACAAAUUUGUUGUCACCUUCUAAGGUAGAACAGUUGUUGAAGGUACCGCUGAAGCCAUUUUUUUCCUUAACAUCAAUGGCUGAAUUAUGGAAUGAGACGAUCAGAUGGUCCUCCACUUUCAGCCCAUGCUUUUUUAUAUAGGAUUAGCUUACCUGAUAAUUUCUAUGAAAAUCACAUUUUGAUAUAAAUACCAGAGUUGAAAGUUCAAUAUAAGUUUGAUCUCAGGAGUCCAAAAGUAAUUGCUGUUUCCAGUGUCCUUCAUUUUAUUGCCUGGGGUUUGAUCUCAGUUUCUGGAAAUGUUUAAAAAUUGGAUAGGAAAGAAUACUAUUCAUUUCUUCACUGUCACUGUCUUACCUCAACUGAGUAACAGAAUACUCUAUAGCUCCUGAAGGAAAUACUGAUUUGCUUCCUGUUUGCCAUAUCUCACCUCCAGGACAUGAUGGAAACAGUGCUGAAAGAGAAUUUUAGCAGAUGGUACUUUUCUCAGUGACCCUCUGGAAUAAAAGAACUCUGACUUUUAAUAGUUUUAAAAUUAUCAAACUUUGCAUGAAGGUCAGUUUUGUAUUUUUCUUUUAGGUUUGUUUUUAAGUUUAUUAGUCCAGGGGAUUUUGCCUUAUGCUGAGGUCAAACUUAAGGCCAAGCAAGCUUUUGUUCACCUUUAUUUUAGCUGUGUGUUAACAUAUAAGAUGCAUUUCUAUAUAAGAGAAUAGAAGCAAAAGUAUAGAACUGAGAAUCAUUUGUAUUUUGAGUUGGAAAUUAUGAAACUUCACCAUAUUAUGAUCGUACACAUUUUGAAGAACAAAUGUUUAGACUGACCAAAGCUCACCUGCUCUUUCUGUUUUAGUUAGGUGCUUUGGCAGAACUUGAUUCCAGACCCCUUUCCUUUUCUGUCUCUUCUACAAAUUCAUUUCCUCUCAGAAAAAUCUUCAACUCUUGCCCUGUGUGCUCUGUGGAAGCAGGAUGCUGGCAUCUGUGUAGUCCUCAUGCUGUUUCCUGGUAACUCACAAGUUCAUUUUCAUGGCAGACCUAAGCUCAGACCCUGCCUUGACCUGGGGCAGGAGUAGGUUUUCCCAUACCACAAUGCCGAUGCAGCUUAUUUGAUGCAGACUGUGUAUUCUCGAAGUGUACUGUUUCCUGUGUGACUCAAGUUUGAGUUAAAAUGCCUGUGAACUGCAAACUUGCUUGAUUGACUUGGUGCAAUAAAGUUCCUUCUAACCAUUUCUGGUUUAGAAAACAUUCAGCCAUCCUAGAAACUAGCAAUAUUUAUUUUUGCCUCAUUUUGUAUUAUCUUCAGUUUUAGAUGAGGUAAACUUUUUGUCUUUCACUUAAGGGUACUAAGCAAGGUCCAUUCUAGUGUAGCUGAAGAGAAUGCAGAUUUGGCUACACUAUUUCUGUUUACUGUAUUUUGCUCCCUAUUUUAUGUCCGAAUGCUAUUGUUUCUGUUUAAAAUCUUAAUGGCUCCCUUCCAGUAUGUCAAUUUCAAAGAACUAAGGUUUUGCUACUAGUGUCAGCCAUUUACUCUCCCACUAAUUGGGAUUUUAUUUUAAAAAGAUUUUCCCCCCUGAAAUAUAAGUUUUAGAAAAAUCUUUAGAAGAGGGGUGGGUGCAUGUCUUAAUGCUGGGAAGCAGCAACUUUGGGGUUGAAUUUACUUGAAUGGAUUAAAAAUUGCAUUGUUAGAGAGCUAGAAAAAAUUCAUGUAUGAAAAAUGAUAAUAGCCUUACACUGAGUACAAAUAAUACUUAAAGCAUGUGAAGAUGUGAUCAUUUGUGAUGUUACUUGUAAAAAAAAGUAUAUAUACAUAUCUUUUGAAGUGUUGAAAGGAAAAUAGUACUUUAUAUUCUUUAUCAUAUCACUUUUUGUAAGUGUUGAAUAUAUUCCUGUUUAUUUUUCUAUGUUGUUUUGUAGCCUUAAGAAGUGUUUCAAACAUAUCUGAAUGUAUAAGAGUAAAUGCCCUACAUGGUGUGAUGCUGCAUUAUAUAUAAAACUGUGUGCAUAUAUUAAAUUUUGUCUCUUG